AUGCCACAUCUUCCUUCUGACAAUGGCCAAGCCAGAGAAGCAGAGGCCUUGCAGAGACGGAAACCACUGAGAAAGGUGUUUUAUAUUCAGCCCUCACAACAGCACAUUGAAGUAUUUUGUAAGAGUGAAAGAAGAAACACAGGUAUUCAGACACAAAUGAUGAAGAAUGGGAGACAUAGUGUCACACAGUCCUGGAGUCUCUUAAGUCCCAGAUCAAGCUAUGAGCAAGGUUGGUUCCUGACAAAUCCCAAUAAACUAGAUACUGGGAAGUAUCUGCACAUUCAUCUCAUUCUAUACAAACAUAUAGUGGAUAUUGGGAUUGGAAUGACUAAGACUGCCUUGAUCAAUAACCUUGGCACAAUGGCAAAGUCAGGGACGAAAACUUUCAUGGAAGCUUUGCAGGGUGAUGCUUAUAUCUCCAUGUUUGUUCAAUUUGGCGUUGGUUUCUAUUUUGCAUAUCUAGUUGCUAAGAAAGUGACUGGGGUCACCAAACAUAAUGAUGAUGAGCAGUAUGCCUGGGAGUCCUCUUCAGGGCCUCAUUCACAGUUAGGACAGAUACAGCGGAACCCAUUUGGUCAUGGGACAAAGGUUACCCUACAUCUGAAAGAAGAACAAACUGAGUACUUGGAGGAAAGAAGAAUAAAGGAGAUUGUGAAGAAACAUUCUCAGUUUAUUGGCUAUCCCAUUACCCCUUUUGUGGAGAAGGAGCAUGAUAAAGAAGUUAGUGAAAAUGCUGGUUCUGAUGAAGAAGAAGAAAAGAAAGAUACUGACAAGAAGAAGAAGAUUAAGGAAAAGUACAUUGAUCUAGAAGAACUUAACAAAUCAAAGCCUUAUUUGAACCAGAAAUCCUGA